AUGUCCGACUCGGAGGAGUACGAGUACGAGUAUGACAGCGAUGAACAAGUGGAUAGUGACGAUCAGAGCUUAGCUGUAGAUGGAGAAGAUAGUGAGGUAACACAGCAACGUAAUGCGAUUCGUGAAGCUCAAAUCGCAUUGGAAAAUUCGUUUUACGAGGCCGAAGACUUUCGUCAACGUGGUGAUCUCACGCAGGCUUUUGAAUUAUAUUUGCGCGUCGUGGUAUUAGAAGGAAAGACAACGCCAAUAGAAGGGCGAAAGUGGACAUUUCAGGCACUUGAGCACGUAGUUAAGAUCUGUGUCAUUCGAUGCCAAUGGGAAGAUAUGCUCAACUAUUAUGAACAAAUGCUAGAGCACUUGGCGUUCGUGACGAGAAACGAGAGCACGGAAUCGAUUUCAUCUAUUCUAGACGUUGUUUCUAAUACCACAGGAAAGCAAUUCGAAAAAGACAGUGCAAAAUAUACAUCGAAGAUGUAUGAGCUCACGCUUGACAAGCUAAAGGAUGUGAACAAUGAUCGACUUUGGUUCAGCAUGAAUAUCAAACUUGGGAAAUUGUAUUUGGAUAUGCAGGAAUUCGAUCAAUUGCAACGGCUUUUUGAUCAGCUUUACGACUACUGUCAGGCACCUGACCACUCAAAGGCGACUUCAUUGUUAGAAGUUUAUGCAUUGGAAAUUCAGCUAUGUGUGGCGACGAAAAAUAGUGUCAAGAUGCGAGUGAUAUAUCCGAAGACCCUGGAUUUGGAUGGUGCUGUCGCUGACCCACGCAUAAUGGGAAUAAUUCGUGAGGAAGGUGGCAAGAUGUAUAUGGAGAUGGAGGAAUGGAUGCUUGCCUAUAAUGAGUUUUUUGAGAGCUUUCGCAACUAUCAAGAAGCAGGUAAUUCACGUGCGACGCAGUGUCUUAAGUAUGUCGUACUUGCAAAUAUGCUGGCGAGCUCAAAUAUUAAUCCAUUUGACUCUCGAGAAGCAAAGGUUUACCAGGAUGUGGAGGAGAUUGGCGCGAUGUUAUUGUUACGUGGUGCCUAUGAGACCAACGACAUUGUACAGUUUGAGAAAGUUUUAAAAAAUCCCAAGUUUAAAUUGUUAGGUGAUCCAAUCAUGAAAAGAUACUUGAAUCCGCUGCUGCGCAACAUUCGCUGCCAAGUGAUGAAGAAAAUUGCUCGUCCAUACCAAACCAUUCGUAUCGAGAGUCUUGCGAAAAGCUUAAAUAUCUCGACGAAAGAUGUUGAGGAAAUUGCGGUGGCAUUGAUUCAAAAUUUGGAAUUGGAUGGUAAGAUCGACCAAAGUCAAGGUCUUUUAGUGUUGCAGACACGUCAAAAAACUCGCGAUGCCAGCAAGAUGUACGACGCUUUAGAUCGCUGGAGUCAAGCACUUGCUUCGACACAUGCAAUUAUCGCUGCACGAGUGAAGGCGCAUGUAUAA